AAGUCAAACACAGUAUCAAGGUUUCCAAAUUUCACCGCAGGAGAAUAUUGGGGUGGCACCGAAAAAGAGGAAAGAAGAAGCCACCUGUACUUCUUCCAAACACCAAGCCAAAACUAACUUCCAACAGCUGUUAAAACUUAAACCCCUUCAUCUCUUUGUAUACUUACUCUAUAUAAAGGAAUACUCAAAUGGGAUCAAUGUUCAGUUCACCUCAGAUUAGCCAAGAACAAAUGGAGAUGGCCCUUACCAAAGCCAAACAGAUCGUUUCCUCUAACCCCGUCGUCGUCUUCAGUAAAACAUACUGCGGAUAUUGCACGAGGGUGAAGCAGCUUCUUUCCCAACUUGGUGCUACUUUCAAAGUUAUUGAAGUUGACCAGGAAAGUGAUGGAAAUGAGGUGCAACAAGCACUACUCGAAUGGACUGGGCAGAGGACUGUGCCAAACGUGUUUAUUGGGGGAAAACAUGUUGGUGGCUGCGACAGCAUAAUAGAGAAGCAUCAACAGGGAAAGCUACUUCCCAUGCUCAAGGAUGCCGCUGCUGUUCCCAACACUUCUGCCAAAGUGUAAACACAUCUAUCUAUACAGUGUAGUUAAGCUGACAAUAAAAAUGAUGUUGAGGUUGCUGUUGCUCCUCUAGUUGGGGUUGCGUUACAUAUGCCUUUCUGUUUCCGACAAGAGUGAAUUUGCUUCCCUUCUAUACAUGGUUCUAUAGAAUGAGGCUACAACUACAUCAUCCAUGUCCACUUGCAUACUCCUUUAUAACCCCUUUACUGCUAUAUUCGAACCAAUAUGGAACUAUUUGUUUCUUAUUUUUC